AUGGCGACCAAGAGAGUACGCCUGCUCGCCCUGGAUGGCGGCGGGGUGCGCGGCCUCUCGUCAUUGAUGAUCCUCGAACAGCUGAUGCAGACCAUCGACCCGGAACACCCUCCCAAACCCUGCGAGUAUUUCGACAUGAUUGGGGGCACCAGUACUGGCGGGCUGAUCGCGAUCAUGCUGGGUCGCCUAGAGAUGACGAUCGACGAAUGCAUCGACGCCUACCUCCUCCUCUCCGACAAGAUCUUCCAGAAGAAGGCGCAUCGAGUGACGAUUCAGGGCAAGAUCCAAGGACGGUUCGAUGCGAAGAAGCUCGAAGAGGUGAUUAAAGAGGUGGUGACAAAGAAGAAGCUACCCGCAGAUACCUUGUUAAAGAGCGCUGGAGAAGCGACAUGCAAAGUCUUUGUGUGUGCGACGAGCAAAGAGACGGGCGAGACGGUAUGCUUGACGAGCUACCAGACCCCGCACGGCAACAAUGACCUCCUGAACACGGCCACGAUCUGGGAGGCGUGUCGAGCAACGUCGGCGGCGUCGUCCUUUUUCGAUCCUAUCGCCAUCGGACGCUACGACGAAGAGUUCGUGGACGGCGGGACCGGGGCGAACAAUCCGGUGUGGGAAGUGUGGAAUCAGGCGCAGGCGAUAUACGGACCUAACCCGCUAGAAGAUCACCUGGACUGUUUAGUCUCGAUUGGCACGGGUGUGCCGUCUCUGACACCCUUCCGCGACGAUGUCCUGCACAUCCACGAGACGCUGAUUGCGCUGGCCACGGAGACGGAGCAGACGGCGGAGCGAUUUCGGCGCAGUAAAGCGCACCUAGACGAUUCCGGUCACUACUACCGAUUCAAUGUGGCACGAGGGCUCGAGGAGGUUGGAUUAGAAGAGUCGAAGAAGAAGAAAGAGAUCGCGGCGGCCACGCGACGGUAUGUGGCGUCGCAGGAGGUGUUGAAGCAAAUGCAAGCGUGUGCGGAUCGAGUGUCCAGGAAGCAAUUCUCAUCGAAGUACCAUAUUCCCUUCAGUCUUCGGGGUGUGCCGAUGCUCGACAAGUUUGCCGACCGUCCCGCAGAGCUGGCCGAGCUGAGUCAAUCCCUCCUACCACAGCGUGGCCUUCGUCGUCGUCGCAUUUUCGUGCUGAGCGGGAUGGGGGGAAUAGGCAAGACACAAUUGGCGGCGCAGUUUGCACGGCGACACCACGAGCGAUACAGCGCGGUGUUCUGGCUCGACGGCAGCUCGGAAGACAGCCUGAAGCAAAGCAUCGCUUUGGCGGCCACGCGCGUCCCGGCCGGACAGAUUCCAGAGGCAACAAGAACGGCUGCAACAAGUAAAGGUAUAGAUCUAGAGGUUGUCGUCGAGUGCGUUCUCAACUGGUUGAGUCUCCCGGAUAACGACAGCUGGCUGGUGGUGCUGGACAACGUGGACCGCGAGUACCGCCCAAAAUCUCCUCAACCAGGCUCGUAUGACGUCGGGCGCUACUUUCCCGAAGCGGAUCACGGCUCCAUCUUGGUGACGACUCGACUGGGCGAGCUAGAACAACUAGGUACGGCGGGCAAGAAGCUGCAGAAGGUGGAUAACGGUCUGGCCGAGGCGAUCUUCCGACAGUGGUAUACGGGCGAGUUCGAUGUGGACCAUGGAAGCCGACUGUUGAAGCUGCUAGACGGCCUCCCCUUGGCUCUGACUCAGGCAGCGGCGUACAUGCAGCAGACGGGGAUCAGUUUCGCACAGUACAUCAACCUCUACAACACCCAGUGGAAAGAUCUGAUGGAAUCUCACGAGGGGGAUGGUAUCCCGCUGCGUGUAUAUCAUCGCAGUAUCUGGACGACGUGGACGAUCUCGUAUGAGGUAAUACGCGCGAAGAACGAAGCCGCCGCCGAUCUCCUUCUACUGUGGGCGUUCCUUAAUAAUCGCGACUUGUGGUACGGGCUCUUCAAAGGGGUGGAAGAGAGGUCAAUUCUGGCUGGUCAGGAUCACCAUACCUCGCUUCGCGAGAUCUGUUGCAGUGAGGUGGCCUUUAAUCGGGCGAUCGGCCUUCUUAUCAAUUACUGCUUGGUGGAGAGUAUGGAAAGUCUGGCCGGGUACACUGUUCAUCCGGUGUUUCAGAACGAGACUUUUGGAUUGUGCAAACUCGAUUGUUGGGACAUGCCGAGUGUUGCUUUCGAUGGGUCACUAACGAUUGGUACCAGUUAG